AUGCCUCUGCUUGUCGGUGGCCAACUUGCCCCUGAUGCCGAUACCGAAGCUUCCACCCUCAUCGGCACCGCGUCGCCCGGCGUUGGCUCCGGUGCUGCAUCUGUGGCUGGGGACUACGGAACCGUUGGGACAUCCGGCGAUGGCGCCACCGAAUGUGUAACGGCGCCGGCAGACACGGAGCCGUUGUCCAAGCCUCUGCCGACACUCCAGAUUCUGCUGCUCUGCUACGCGCGUGUGAUGGAGCCUAUUGCUUUCUUCUCCAUCUUUCCCUUUAUCGCCCAGAUGGUGCAGCAGAACGGCAACCUUCCCAAGAGUGACGUGGGUUUCUACAGUGGACUCAUCGAGUCUCUCUUCUCAGCUACGCAGAUGGUUGUCCUGAUCAGCUGGAGUCGUCUCGCCGAUCGGAUCGGUCGGAGACCCGUUCUUCUCAUCACUAUGUUCGGCACCGCCGUCGGUCCUGUGUUAUUUGGCAUGUCCAAGACUAUCGGGCAGAUGAUCCUCUUUCGAUGCAUGGCAGGUGUGUUUUCGGGUUCCGGUCUUGUCAUCAGGACCAUGAUCUCUGAGUUGAGCACCCCCGACACACAAGCCAAGGCGUUUAGCUGGUUUGCUUUUGGAGGAAACGUGGGAAUCUUUCUGGGGCCUCUUAUCGGUGGUGCUCUUGCAGACCCGGCUCAUCAAUUCCCCAAGGCUUUUGGAGAGAUUCAGUUCUUCAUUGACUAUCCCUACGCACUACAAGGUUUUGUUGUUGGUGCGAUUAGCUCGACGGGCUUCAUCACCAGCUUUUUCCUUCUCAAAGAGACGCUUCACGAGCCUAAACAUUCACCACAAACCAUACUUACCCAGCCACCGUCAUCAACAUGGCAGCUUAUCAAGUCCCCAACCGUGGCUAUUGUCCUCUGGGUCUACGGCCACGCCAUGUUCCUCGCCUUUGCUUUCACAGCAAUUAUCCCUGUCGUUCUCUACACCCCUAUUGACCUUGGCGGCACAGGUUUCGACUCGUUCCAGAUCUCUAUUUACAUGGCUGUGCAAGGCGCCAGCCAAGCAGUGUGGCUACUCGUGGCCUUCCCUCUGCUCCAUCGUCGUUUCGGCACGCGCGGUGUAAUGAAGCUUUGUGGAUACGCAUACCCCUGGUUUUUCGCAGGCUUCAUCAUUCUCAACACGCUCCUGCGCGCACACACGCAUGCCUCCACAGUCACUUUCUGGAUUUUGGCGGCGGUAGUCAGCGUUGUUGGGCCUGGUGUUUCCAUGGCCUUUACAGGAGUGCAACUGGCCCUGAACGAUGCAGCGCCAGACCCAAAGGUCGUAGGUACAUUAAACGCUCUCGCCUUGAGUUUGGCAAGUGGUAUUAGGGCUAUUGUACCUGGUGUAGCGACGGCUAUCUACGCGGUAGGUGUUCGAGGCCAGAUAUUUGGGGGUCAUCUGGCUUGGGUAGUCCUUAUCCCUUUUGCAAUGGCUUUUGCUGUUGCCUGCAAUAUGGUUCCCGAGGGAAAGCGGCCCGCUCAGAGUAAUGAUGAAGAAAAUGAGGGCUAA